UGUUUUAUGAGUCGACUGGAGACAGCAUCUCUUUGCACAUUUUUUUUACAGAAAUCAGACUAUUUACGUCGUCAAAGUUGGUCGCAAACGAAGAUCUCGUUCGACAAGUAUUGGUAUCCAAAGUUGAAACACAGUCUCCUUGAUCAAGGUUGUCCUCCAGUGUUAAUCUCUCAUCACAGCCUGAAACCAGAGACCCUUCAGUGGUUACCUGAGCCACUGGAGGCAUGACGCUCCGAAGACCAGCUGCUCACCUGCCGAUGGGCUGGAGGAGAUCUGGAGACGAGUACCACUGGGAAACCCAAAGCUCUAAGGGUGAGAGCUUUUCAUCCGUCAACCGCAAAACCCCCCGGCCUCACAGUGCCAUCGAGGGUAGACAGGUGGACGGUUGGCUGCGGCAACUCCAUAGGAUGCAGGGCGACAGUAAUCGGGCUCCGGUGUUCUGCGAUAAGGAACCAAGCGAUCAGAACCGGAGACCGUACAGGACUCCGUCCUUCAGCGGUGUCUCAUCUUCCUGUGGCAGUAUGACAGGGAGUUCAACAGGCAGCCGGGAGUCCCUGCAAAGUGAGUUCCUUGCCCCGGUGCAACGCAGGGGAAGUCUGGAAAGGGUUCAUAUCUCACAGACCCCAAAGAAGGAGCAGUCUCAACUCAGUUACGUUGUACCUGUUAAAACCGGGUGGCUUCCGAUUCAAAGAAUCAUGAAGGUGGAGGAUUCAAAGGACCAAAGACGAAUUGUUUCACCAAUUUCUGCUGCCCAGGUGAAAUUGAAGCAACCCAUCACGCCGACGUUUCUAAAGGGUCGAGGAACAGUAAGCCUGUACAAAGACGGCCAAGCGGAGAAAAGUCAGCGCAAGACAUGGCGGACACCAGACCGGUCGUCCCCCGUCAUCAAACAGGUGACGGACAAUGAGCCGCAAAAACCUGGAAUCUGGCAAGCGCUGAGAAGAGGCUGGAACAGUAACAGGGUCUCAGGGACUCGGUCCAGUCAACCCUCUACAGUGAUCUCGUCGGACCCCCAUUGGGACGUCCCUGUGAACAGAACAACUACAAAAGAGCCUCCACACAGUCUGCUAAGAACUUCUACUGAGUAUGGCAGACCUGAGUCUGUGCAGCGAGCGUUCUGUCUGUCUCCUGACCACCAUAGAGAGGCAAUCCGGUUAGAGGAACCCUCAUUUCGUAGUCCACCGGCAACUUCCCCAGAACACAAGGUGCUCGAUCCCUUCCAGAGGGCGAGCCCCGGACUGCCAGUGACACCUCCCUUCCAGCCGUACAGACGCCACAGUUUAGAACCGUCGCACAUCCAGACCACGUCCACCGCAACUACUCUCGUCCCUCGCAACAAAGUAGGCUUCUCUUCCAUCACCAUCUCCAGCCGGAAAGUCAGCCGUUCGGCAAGUCUUAACACAUCAGAUAGACCUUCUGGCUACACUUCCAACUCGCUGAACGCUGAGGCCAUGGAGCCGAGGAAGGCCACUAUCGUCAAAGUGACUGAGCAGAGGACCACAGUCUGGCCUACGCCUGUAGUCCUCCAAAGAAAGCCCGCAAUUAUCAAAGUGACUGAGCAUAAGGAAAGCUACAGUCCGGGGACUCGGUAUAUGGUGGAUGGCAAGGAAAACGGGACAUGGAAGCAACCGGAAAAAACGAGUUUUGUCAGGGCUGGGACUGAGCCAGUACAAAAUGGUGAGCCUGCUCCUGCUGAGCUCUCUGGACAAGAAUCCAAAAGACCUGCUGUCAGGAAAUUGAGCUUGGGCUUCCAGGAGACCCUCCAACAUCCCACAAAGAAAAAGCACCAGGAGUCUUUUCCCACCAGAUGGAGUUCCACUCCAUGCCUCACCCUCAUCCAAACUCCGGACCCUCACCAGUCUCCAGAGGAAGUCCUGGCCCUUAACGCAGCAGCCAUCAUCGCAAAUAUCAAACUCCAAAGGCAGCUCAGUAAGAAGAAACCAACGCACUGUAAUUCGGCAGGGGAAUCCUCCACCUCCCCUCAGGGAAAUACAGCGGCAACAAAUGGGGGAAAACUGCAAAAUGGUGAUCUAUGCCGGGAUGAGCCUGGUGCAGAACCUGCCUCAUCUACUGUGGACUUCCUCAGAGCUCGUCACACGGUCUCUCUCCAGGAAGCGCUUCGGAAGUCCCGACCACGCUUCAUCGCUCGCUCCCAGGAGCGCGUGCAGAAGAUGGAAAGGAGGGCCCAGGAGAGGAGGGAGCGCUCCAGAGAAGGCCCGCAAAGCAAAAGAGCAUCUCAACAACAGGCCCGCUCCGUCAAUCAUAAUUUGUCCAAAUCCAGAGAGGGAGCCAAGGAGCUCAAAUCAAAUCGGCCGCAAACAGAAGCGAAGAGGCGAAAGGAUGAAGAGAAGAAGAAGAAGGAGGCCUGUUUGAGCAAUAGACAGCGAGUGGAGCUCUUCAAAAAGAAACUUUUGGAUCAGAUUCUACACAGAAGCAGCAACUGAAUGACAACGAUGAACUUUUUUCAAAUGUGUAAUUUAUUGUAUCUGUGAUAAGGAUGAUAAAUAAACAAG